AUGAUUGCUUUACUAAUUUACUCCCUUCUUUUUUGCGCCUUUGGUUCAGCCGUGUUUGUUGCGUACCUCUUACUCAGUUUCACAAAGUAUGCGGGGCCUGAGCCUGGCUCGCCAAAGGAACCCGUCUCUGUCCAUGUUCUUGUUCUCGGCGACAUCGGCCGUAGUCCGCGCAUGACAUACCAUGCCCUGAGCAUAGCCAAACAUGGAGGGAAAGUGAACUUGAUUGGGUAUCUCGAAACCUCCCCUCACCCUGAUGUUGUCAACAACUCCAACAUCACCCUCACCCCACUCCCCACUCCUCCACGCAGGCCGCCGUCUGUCCCCUUCAUUCUAUUCGCACCCUGGAAGGUCCUGUAUCAGGUCUACCACCUCAUCUACCUCCUCGGCCGCACCCUCCCGCCAACCCAAUGGAUCCUUGUACAGAACCCGCCAACCAUCCCCACCCUCGCCAUCGCCAGCUUGAUCUGCCGCCUCCGAAACAGUAAGCUAAUCAUCGACUGGCACAACUAUGGCUGGACCAUCCUCGCGGGCACCCGAGGUGCAAACCACCCCCUCGUCGCCCUCUCUAAGCUCUACGAAUGUUACUUCGGCCGCCUGGGUCACCUUCACCUGACCGUAACCCACGCCAUGGCGCGCCAGCUCCGCGAGCCGCCCUACUCCAUCACCGAGCCCAUGCUACCGGUGCACGACCGGCCGGCAGCCAUCUUCCAACCCAUCACCUCCCCCUCCACCAGGGAAGAAACCCUCACCCGGAUCCUCUCACCCCCAGAACGGGACCUCAUCCCCGCCAUCCUCUCCGGCGCGACCCGGCUCAUCGUAAGCAGCACAAGCUGGACGCCCGACGAAGAUUUCUCGCUCCUCCUCGACGCCCUCGUCGAAUACGCCACCACCACCACCACCACCACCACCACCACAUCCCCCACAGCAGCAGCACCACCCCCCCUCCUCGCAAUAAUAACCGGCAAAGGCCCCCAAAAGUCCCACUACCUCUCCCGAAUCGCCGCCCUCACCCACGCCGGACGCUUACCCAACGUACGCAUCACCACGGCCUUCCUGCCCUUCACCGACUACGCGGCGCUGCUGGCGUGCGCCGACCUCGGCGUAUGCCUGCACCGCAGCAGCUCGGGCGUCGACCUGCCCAUGAAGGUGGUUGAUAUGUUUGGUGCGGGUUUGCCCGUCGCGGCGUAUGCCGGGUAUGAGAGCUUUGGGGAGCUGGUGCGGGAGGGGGAGAAUGGGGUGGGGUUUGGCGCGGCGGGGGAGUUGGCGGGGGUUUUGGUGAGGUUGUUCGCGGGGGUUGGUGGUGGUGGUGAUGGUGGGAAGGGUGGGAGGGGGGAAGGGAGUGGGAAAACGGAGUUGGAGUGGUUGAGGGAGGGGGCUGUGAGGGAGGGGAGGAGGAGGUGGGAUGAGGAGUGGGAUUCGAAGGUGGGGAUGGUUUUGGGGUUGGUGUCGUGA